AUGUCCUCUCGUGAAGAACUUGUCCGAAAUGCUGUCGCCUUCCUCGUCGACCCAAAGUCGCAAGCGUCGCCAUUGGCCCAGAGAAUCCAGUUCCUGGAAGCCAAAGGUUUAACGCCAUCCGAGAUUGACAUCGCCGUGAGACAAGCAUCUCUCAAUUCCAGCGGGUCUCAGCCAACAACUGGUUUACCAGUAUAUGGUCCUAACUAUGGACAUGCUCUCGUGCCCCCUCGUCCUGUAUGGGAUUGGCGUGAUUACUUUAUCACAGCAGUCGUCUCUGGCACCAUUAUGUAUGGCGCUUCUGCCCUGUUCAAAAAAUACCUACUCCCUCACCUUCAACCGCCGUCUUCAACUGCUUAUGAAGAAGAUCGCGAUGCCAUGACAGCCCAAUUCGACGCGGCGGAGCAACUACUCAAGGAGAUUCAAACGGAAACUUCUGCUAUCCGGACGGCUGUUGAGAAGCAGCAAGAGGAUAUCGACAAAACAACGCAAGAAGUGAACGCCGUGGUCAAGGAAAUGCGCGAAGGCGAAGUGAAAACAAGAGAUGAAAUGAGGGAAGUCAGAGACGAAAUGAACACCAUCCGCGAAAUGCUUCCGAAGAUGAUUGACAAAAAUCGGGAGACUCAAACGCAGUCACUUGCUGACUUACAGCAGGAACUCAAGUCUUUGAAAGCAUUACUUCUGAGCAGGGGCCCCGGCAUUUCAAUACCUACUACUCCCACAACCUCGUUGGCCGGGAAGCCCUCUAUUCCCGCAUGGCAGUUAUCUGGUUCAACUGAUACUGCCGCAAGAACAACCACUCCAUCUAUACCGGCAUGGCAAUUAGCCUCUUCAACGACCCCUGCCCCGUCUAUUGCACCCACUUCUACUACGGAUACUAGUAUUUCAUCAGAAACAUCAUCAACUGGCAAGGGAAAAGAGAAGGAAUCCGACAUCACUCCCCCCUAA